AACGAGCAAGUAAUAUAUAAAAAAUUUGACGAUGUUUUCUACAAUCCGACUGGAAAUUUUUCAACCAACAACGACAGUGAUAGUCGGUUUCACCUUCGUAUCAUUCCUGGUGGCGCGUGUCCUCUUCAAAAAUAUUUGUCGGUGCGUCAACCCGGAAAGAAAACUGCCGCCAUGUUUGACGAGUCUACCGAUUGUCGGAUCUCUGCCUUUCGUUGGCGAUCCCGCCUUCAUGCACGUUCACUUCAUGCAGAAAGCCAAGGAACUUGGAAAUGUAUUUGCAUUCUAUAUGUGCAGAAGAUAUGUGGUCGUUUUAAAUGGUAAACAAGCCAUACAAGAUGCUUUCGUUAAACAAUCUUUUGCCUUUUCAAGCCGUACUAUAUUCUAUCUAACAAAAAUCAUCAACCCAAGAAGAGCAGGAAUUGUCGAACACGUAUUUGACGACCAUUUUAAAAUUCAUCGUCGUCUCUCAGUGAAUGUUUUAAAAAAUUUUGGCUUCGGCGAUUCGUCUAUGGAGCGUAUCAUCACGCAUGAAGUUGAAGACCUCGUGCAAAGAUUGAAGAUCAAAAACGGCCAACCCUUCAAUCCAGAGUUUGAAUUAACGGCAGCCGCUUCCAACGUUAUCGGCUGCAUGAUCUUCGGAAAGCCUUGGUCCAAAAAUGACCCUGAAUUUCUGGAAGGAAUCGACAUAAUGCACAGCUUAGUCAGGGGUUCCUUCAAAUCGUUUCUCAUCAAUUUCUUCCCUAUUUUAAGAUUUCUCCCAACAUUUAAACAAGUUAUGAGGAAUAUUAUAGCCGCUGAUAAGCGCUGGGUAGACUACAUCAAGAGAAUUCUCAAACGAGUAGCGAAUGAAAAAAAUAUAAAAAAUUUUUAUACAAUGUAUCAAAGUGAAUUGAAAAAAAUGUCAUCAAACUCAAAUACAGAGACUAAUAACUGCGAUAUAGACCACGAAGAACAGUUGAUCAGCACAAUCAGAGAUUUAUUUUUUGGAGGCACAGAGACAACGGCGACAACUCUGCAAUGGAUGAUCCUCAACAUGGCGAACAAUCAAACGGUCCAGGAUAAAAUAUGGAAAGAACUGGACACUGUCGUCGGACGCGAAAGAUUUCCAAGCUGGGAAGAUAGAAAAAAAUUACCUCUCAUUGAAGCUGCGAUUCUUGAAGUGAUGAGGAUUAAAACGUUGGCCCCUUUGGCUGUACCUCACUCCACAUUAAGAGAUUGCGUUGUUGAUGGAUGUUUCAUUCCGACCGGUGUGAUGGUAAUGCCAAACAUAUACAGUGUUCAUAUGGACCCAGAAGAAUGGCCUGAACCUGAAACGUUCAAAAUAGAAAGAUUCUUAAGCGUGGAUAAGACCCAAAUCGUCAACAGUGAUCGGAUCAUUCCAUUUUCUUUAGGAAAAAGAUCGUGCUUGGGAGAAAGCAUGGCCCGCCAAGAACUCUUUUUCUUUACUUCUUCGCUUAUUCACCAGUUUAAAAUUCUUCCACCUGAGGGUCAGAAAGAAAUUGUGUCUGCAGAAAUGCCUGGAGGACUGACGGUGCAUCCAGCUCCGUUUGAAGUUAGAUUGGUUGCCAGGUAUUAG